AUGUCCGUCACAGGUACGAUACAGCACUUGUCAGCACUUAACAUUCCUUUCUACUGCAAGAGAGAUGAACAGCCCAGACCCCUCAGAGCUGUGGGAGACACAUUUCUAAUGGAAAGCACAUUACCAGCUGGGAAAAUGCAGGGAAUGCUCCAGAAAGCCUCCAAAAUAUUUCAACAAACUCGUGUUCUGCUAUGGAAGAACAUCCUCCCGGUGUGGAGAGUGAAGACAAAAAGUUUUCAGGAAUGGAUUACCUCAGUGGUUUAUCUCUUAACAAUGCAAUUAUCAGCAAAUAUGAUAUACCACUUCCCAGAGCAGGAAGUCCCCUACAGGUUCCUUGGAAGACUGGAUGAUCCAGCCUUUGACUCUGCUGGAGUCAUACUCAUGUACACACCUGUCACCAACACCACCAGGCAAAUAAUGAGCAAAGUGGCUUCAAAUUCUUCACUGAGAGGCAUAAAAAUAGAAGGGGUGGAAAACAAGAAGAAGCUGGAAGCAAGAGGAUAUUUGGAGGAAGAUGUCAUUGGUGUGGUUUUUAAGGAUGACUUCUCCUAUUCUCUGAGGUUUCAGAACUACAGGCUGAUAUAUCCAGAUGAUGUCGUGGAGCACUUUGAUACCUGCUUCAAUUUUUCAUCAGCUGCCUGCCAAAGCCCUGCAUACUGGUACAAGGGUUUCCUGUCAGUGCAGUCCAGCAUUGAUGCAGCAGUUAUAGAAAUAAAAACAAACCAUUCUGUCUGGGAAGAGAUGAAGUCCAUCGGCGGCGUUCGUCUGAGCUCCCCCUCCAUCAAACCUGUGUACAAACUGGAUUAUGUCUGGUUCAUUGUCUACAUUGUGCUCUGCUUCUCCCCAUACAUGUACUUCUUAUCAGUGAAGGUUACAAGAGAGAGAAAGAAGCUCAAGGUAUUAAUGAAGACCAUGGGGCUGCAUGACAUGGCGUUCUGGUUGUCCUGGAGCUUGCCCUACACCAUCUACAUCUCCAUAACAUCCAGCCUGCUGACACUGAUCACCAUUAAAGGAGUCCUCCAGGAUCACAGCUUUUCUGAAAUCUUUUGGUUUUAUUUCUUUUAUGGCAUAGCAUCUAUUCACUUCUGUUUCAUGCUCAGCUCGUUGUUAAAGCACCCAAAUAUUGCCAGUUUUGUGGGGUUUUCCCUUCACAUCAUCUUUGGGUUGCUGGGCUACAUGACAUUGCUUCUUAAACUGCCAUCAUCCUUGGAGUGGAUUUUUACUCUCUUCAGCCCUUUUGUCUUUACUGCUGGCUUCUCACAGGCACUCAAACUGGAAAUACAUGGACAAUCCUUUACACCAGGAUUCUACCCCUUCUUUAACCUAUACAUCCUACUGAGCCUUGACAGUGUCUUGUAUUUGCUGUUGGCCAUCUACUUUGAUAAGGUUUUGCCUGGCAAGUAUGGAGCACCAUAUCCACCUUUGUUCUUCCUGAGACCAUCCUACUGGUGCAAGCCCAGGGGUGGCUACAUGGGGAUGCAAGCUGGCAGUGAGAGCAACCACGAUCCUAUCUUCACCAAUAACACUGAGCCCAUGCCUCCAGGCUUUGAUGGGAAGGAAGCCAUCAGACUGACCAAUAUUAGAAAGAUAUACAAGAAGAACAACAGGAGAACUGAGGCUUUAAGUGGUUUGUCCUUAAGCAUAUAUGAAGGGCAGAUCACUGCAUUACUUGGUCACAGUGGAUCUGGAAAAACUUCUCUCUUAAAUGUGCUCAGUGGAUUUUCCAAACCUUCAGCAGGUUCUGCAACGAUAUACAACUACCAAGUGUCUGAAGUAGAGGAUCUGGAAGGAAUUCAGGGAAUGGUUGGGGUUUGCCCCCAGUUUAAUUUGCAUUUUGAAGUCUUAACGGUGAAGGAAAACCUGAGAACUUUUGCUCACAUCAAGGGGGUGCAGCAGAAAGAAGUAGAGCAAGAGGUGCACAAAGUUCUCACCAUGCUGGACCUCAGCAACCUUCAGGACGUUCGUGCUGAUGCUCUGAGUGGGGGACAAAAAAGAAAACUGUCUCUUGGAAUUGCAAUUUUAGGGAAUCCCCAGGUGUUGCUUUUAGAUGAGCCAACAGCUGGCUUGGAUCCCCUCUCCAGGCACCACGUGUGGAGCCUCCUGAAGGAAGGCCAGGCUGGCCGUGUGACGCUCUUCACCACCCAGUCCAUGGAGGAGGCUGAUGCUCAUGCUGAUCGGAAAGCUUUCCUCUCCAGAGGGAGAUUACAGUGUGUUGGUUCAUCUCUCUACUUGAAGAGAAAAUGGGGAAUUGGCUACCACUUAAGAAUACAGGUGAAUGACCUGUGUGACCCUGAGCUUACAUCAUCCCUGGUCAAGCAGUACAUCCCUGAUGCUGUGCUGAAAGGACAGAAGCAGAGUGAGCUGUGUUAUGUGCUACCUUUGGAGAACAUGGAUAGCUUCCCAGAUCUGUUCAGCCAUCUGGAGAACAAUCCUUUGCAAGGGGUUGUUAAGUAUGAGGUUAGUAGGACAACCCUGGAAGACGUUUUCCUGAAGCUCGAAGGUGAAGAAGCCAUCGAUCAAGAAGAAGAUGGAGACCUUGAGGAGAGGGCCCAAAGUCUCCCAGUGCUUUUGGAGCAGGAGAUGCAGAGAGUGAGUGGGAUGGCUCUCUGGAGGCAGCAGGUGUGUGCUGUGAUGAGAAUUCGCUUCUUCAAACUCAAGCACGAAGGAAAGCUUCUCGGCUCCAUAUUGCUGUUCUUUGGAAUAUUUAUCCUUCCAAUGCUGAUGACUUUCAUUGCAUUUCACCUGUGGGGCAGCUCCACUAGCUGGGAAAUCACAGCCAGCUCCUAUUUUGUUCCCACCAAAGAGAAAGUUCAAAACAAGUCAACAAAUCUUCUCAUCCUCAAUGAUACAGGAUCACAAAUUGAGAAUUUCCUUGUUGCUUUGGAGGCUCAAAAUAUCAUCCCAGAAAUAACUCAUGAGAAAAACAUCACAAGCAUUCCACUCUAUAAUGGAGCUCUGAAGAUAGCCCUGGAAGGCAAGAGCUACAGAUUCACAGCCAUGUGCAGUGUAGAAACCAUGAACUGCUUCCCCUUGCUCGUGAAUAUCCUCAGCAACACCUUCCUGAGGCUCUUCAACUCCACCGCGCGCUUCCGCGUCUGGAAUGAGCCCUUCCACAAUGCAGAAACAGGGAUAAGGAGUGACAUUUUUAUCUUCUGUCUUGAGUACAUGCUGAUUUUGGCUGCUGGUUUGCCCUCUCAGUUUGCAGUGAGCAGCAUGGAGGACUACAAGCUCCAGGCUCGUGCCCAGCUGCGGCUCUCAGGGCUCUUCCCCUCAGCAUAUUGGUGUGGGCAAGCUCUGGUGGACGUCCCACUCUUCUGGACCCUGAUGUGCCUCAUGUUUGGGGUUGUGCUGCUCAUAAACCGCAUCUGCCCCUUGGAAGCCAUCGACCUGCUGACCCUGAUCAUCUGUGUCACUGGUUAUGGAGCAUCUCUUGUCCUCCUCAUCUAUUUGAUUGCCUUUAGAUGUCGCAGGGGACGAAGCAAUCGUUACAUUUGGACUUCCAUCUUCGUUCUGUUGAAUAUAAUUCUCUCUACGAUCGAUCACCACCAUACAGCACUUUAUUUCAUCCUCUGUACUUUGAUUCCUGGGUCUCCACCUCUGGGCUGGUUGAUCUUCUCUGCACCAUAUUUCUCACUGCGUGAUGAAGAGGAUUUUCCUCCUGAGUCAUGGAAUUACAUCUUCAUACCUAUGUUUGCACCAUACAUCCAUUGUGUGAUUUUUGCUUUUCUCCUGCGCUGUUUGGAGAUGAGAUAUGGAGAACCAGUUUCCAGACUGGAUCCCAUCUUCAGGAUCCAGCAGAGGAAAGCAGUCACCCGCCAGAACAGGACCCACCCUGGGGAGGAGACCCCAGAAGUCCAGGCUGAGAGGGAGAGAGUGAGGAUAGCAAUGACCUCCCUGCAGCAGGAGGAGCCAGUUAUCAUUGCCGACAGUUUGCGCAAGGAAUACCAAGACAAGCAAGCCAGCUCCACCUUUAAGAAGAGGAAGAAAGUUGCUGUCCAAAACCUCUCUCUUAGUGUUAAAAAAGGAGAAGUAUUAGGUCUGUUAGGACCCAACGGAGCUGGGAAAAGCACAACAAUACACAUGAUUUCUGGAGACAUAGCAGUGACUGCUGGGGAGGUGCUGCUCAAGAACUGUGAUGCAGCUGCCUCCUCCCCAGGGCAGGGCAGCCCAGGGAGUCUGGGCUGCUGCCCACAGCAGGACCAUCUGUGGGCAGACCUCACCGUGCACCAGCAUCUGGAGGCGUACGCUGCCAUCAGGGGGAUAAGGGAAGAAGAUGCAGCUGCUGCCAUCAGCCGCAUAGCAAAGGCCUUGGAUCUCCAGAAGCAUUUUAAAACUCCAGCUAGGAGGUUAUCUGCUGGACAAGCCAGGGAGCUGUGUUUUGCACUGAGUGUCCUGGGAAAUCCGACAGUGCUGCUCUGGGAUGAGCCAUCGGUGAGCAUGGACGUGAAAGGACAACGCCGUAUGUGGAAAGUGAUCCGGAAUGCCAUGAAGAGCAAGGAGCAGGCAGCCAUCCUCGUCACGCAGUACCUGGAAGAGGCGAUGGCCAUAUGUGACCGGGUGGCCAUCCUGGUGUCAGGGCACCUGAGGUAUAUUGGUACAACUGAGGACCUCAAAAGCAAGUUUGGCAGAAGUUACCACCUAGAAGUCAAACUUGCCGACACAAGACAAAGCGACGCUGUCCACGCUGAAAUUGUUCAGCUCUUCCCCUCUGCAGCUCGGCAAGAAAGGACUUCUUCCUUGCUCACCUACAAGAUCCUCAUGGAACAUGUGCUACCUCUGUCCCAGGCUUUCUCCAAGCUAGAAGCAGCUAAACAGAAGUUCAGGCUUGAGGAUUACAGCUUGUCAUUGCACUCUCUGCAGCAGGUAUUUGUAGACCUCACCAGGGACCUGGAAGAGCACAGCCUGGAUGUGGCAUCUGAUGGGGCUGUGGAGCAGAGACCACUUCACCCCUGAGCCCUUGGAGCCACAAAGGAAAACAUUCAGCCUGAUUCCUCAGUGUUACUGCUACGAGUGAUUGGAUGCAGCCCUAGGGCUUGGUUACUCGUGUCAUAGCACCUACUGCUCUGCAGGUUCUCUGCCUCACCAG